AUGAAGAGCGCACAUACAUUUGUACUACUACUUUGUUAUGGGUACUUGGCCUCAUUUUCCUGCAAGGCAGCAACAGAAAACCAAUCUGCUGCCCCACAGAUAAAUUCAAGCCUACAGACCAAAGCAAGCUCAAUUUACAACGAGAAUGUGAACCUAAGAGAAAAAUACAAAAAAGAAAGAGAGAGUAGCCUUGUCAUUAGUGACGGUCUAGUCUCAGAAGCAGAAAAGAUAAUUGCAAGCACAUGCUCCUUUGCAGAUGCAAAUAUGCAGUUGAUCAAAAAAGGCUCUGCAGCAGAAGCCAGCAGACAGCGUCUUUCCGGCUUUAAGUCUAAACUCACAAAAUCCAGCAGUAAUAAAAAGCCCUACGACGAAUUCAUGAAGACAGCAGCCUCAAAGGUAGCUGAAAUCGGGAAGAAGCAAAAGACACAAUGGGAAGAAAUUAAAAAGGUCUUUGAUGAAGAGGACAACAAAGGCUUCAUAACCAGAUUAAAGAGCGGCAAAGAAAACUACACUUCAAAUACAGUCUCAGACGAAGAGAAAAAAGUUGCAGAAGAAUACACUAAAUUCAUUGAGACAAUCAAGCAAGGAUUAGUCACAAAGGAAUUACGCGUAGAAGAAGCAGGUGACAUAAAUGCAUAUUUAUCUAAGUUCGAGAAAUACACAAAGGACUCAACAGAAGAACACUCUAAAAAGAAAGAAUCCUUCAAGGAAAUGAUCAAUUUCUCAUUGCUCCGGGAAAAGAUAAAGGCAAUCCUAUCACACAUCAACAUAAAUUCAACCACAGGCAUAAAUACAACAGGAUUCGCACACUCUACACUCUUCACAGAGUCAGCCCUCAUGAAAAAAGCACUAGACAUGGAUGAAGCAUCCUUGAAAAAUGAAUCUUCCCUAUACGAUAUAUACACAAUUAUCAGCUACAUGAAAACCCACAUCACCAUAAGAGACUUCUCUUCAAAUAAAAUCCUUCUCAAGGAUUCUUCACUAGAAGAAAUUUCUUCCCUCGUAGAAAAAAAGUUCUCUGCACUCCAAGAAGAAAUUGAAGACCUAAAGAACUCAGAGGCAAUCCAGAAGGAUAAAAUCCCAGAAGGAUUCUCUGAUAAUUUAGAUUUAUUAAAGGAGUACAUUGUAAAGGUACUAGAUGCACUAAAUAGAACCAUCUCUGAGAAGACACUUUCUUCACCUGUAACUGAAAAUAACACCCUCCUAAAGGAAUUAUCUAACAGUCAGCAGACUAAAUUAGACAUGCACAUUGAAGAGCAGUUAGACACAGAUAUAGCAAAGUGGUUUGGUUUCCAGGAAGAAGAAGGUUCUGUAAUAGGAUACGUAGCAGGCACAAUAUUCAGUGGUCUAAAAGGCAUUGCAUAUUCACCUGUUACAAUUGCAAAGGGUGCCAGUAAGAUGAUUUUCAACACAGAAUGGAUGAAUGUCAUGGGACUAAAGGUAGAGUCAGCUGAGACUGAAAGAAAGACUAAUCUAGCAGAAUUAGAGAAGGCUGUAAGAAGUAUCAAGAAAAUGACUAUUUCAAUCCCAUCUUUAUUACUGUCUGACCCAGAGAAGAUUAAGUCCUUAAUGGAGUCUGCUGUCUCUGUGUCAAAUUUAGUCACUUCUGCUGCAUACAGCAUAAAAAUGCACAAUUUAAUGAAGGACCAGGCAGUCAAAGAGAAGGCAGAGGUAUUUUCAUCAUACGUGGCAGAGUGCCUGGAGAAGAUCCAAAUGGACAAGUCAGAGUGCAGCAUAUUAAACCCAUCUAAAUCAAAGAAUCUAGCAGGAAUUACACAAAUUAGUUUCAUAACAAGUGAGAAGAAGGCAAAGACAGUCAUAAAUCACUUAAAAGAACUAUCCCAGGAAUUCUUUAAGGCAGCAAAGGGUGUGAUAUUUUUGUUCUCAGAGGAAGAGAAAAAAGUCCUUGAGAAGAGUGAACAGGAAAUGGAGACCAUAAAGACAGAAGAACUUAAGCCAGCCAGGUCACUGGAUCUGGAGAUGCAGACACAUAAGUCAAUUAGGUCAUCAAUUGAUGGGUUAGUAGCAGAGAUUGAAAGUAUCUCAGAGAUAAAGACAGCCAGGCAGACACUGAAGAUCCAUAAGAAUCUAUUAGCAGUCUCCCAUGCAAUAAAUCUACUGCACUUCUACACCUCAAAGGAUGCAAAGAAAUUCACUGAGGCCUUGGAGGCAUAUAGUUCAUCUGAUGUGGUGAAGGAAAUUGAAGAAUUAAAGAAGAAGGAAGAGUCUGUUAAGGCUGCUAGGUCUGCUUCUGUAAUGUGCGAGCACAUUAUUAUUAGUUUAGGUCAGGAGAUUCCUUCUGUUUUGUCUGCAAUCACUGGGAAGACUUAUGCAAAGGCAGAGGUACUUUCAGCUGGUGACAGUUCUGAUAGUACGCCUGUUAUGAGUACUACUAAGUCUGGUAUUUCUGGUAGAAAAGGCAAGUUUAUCAUAGGAUUCCUUUUGCUUGCGGUUAUUGCUGCAGCUGUAGGGGCCUUCUUUUUCGUUAAGAAAGGGAAGCAGAGCAGAUUGUUAGAAUAA